AUGCAGAUCACUACGGUGUUCAAAAAACCACCUUUGUGGUACAGGCCAGAAGUGCCUCAGAUGUGCUGGCUUACUGUAAAAAUUAUAGGCGUGAGAAACCUCCGCAAAGCAGAUGUGUUGAGCCAGACAGAUUGCUAUGUCAAGCUGUGGCUGCCAACAGCUUCAUGCCAAGAAGCCCGAACAAGAACUGUGUGCAACAGCAGAAACCCUAUCUGGAAUGAAACUUUCUUCUUCAUGAUACAGAGAGAAGUAAAGAACAUCCUGGAGCUGUCAGUCUGUGAUGAGGAUGCUUUUACACCUGAUGACCAGCUCUUGACUGUUAGCUUCGAUGUAGCUAAAGUCCAACCUGGAGAAAAAGUCCACCUGAAUUUUAAGUUGGAUCCAGAGUCUCGUGAAGUUUCCUGCUUGCGAGUACAUGUGAAUGAAAUGAAAAUUAAGAGCCCUUACACAAGGAGAGAUUUCACUUUUACGAUGAAAAGAUCCUAUGAAGAAACCCAGGAUGUUUCCAUCGGUCCUCACUGCAGAUUGGGCACCAGUGAAACCAUCAUGUUCCACUACAUGAAACACAGCCAACCCAGACUGCACAUGAAGCUGCCAAAAGAACAUUUUUUCUGUGGUUGUGGCUCAGCUAGGAAGGAAAUCAAUGCAAAUCAUACCCUGUCUGUGCCUCUCCAUUCUCUGGACUUGGGAAAGAAAGUGACAGUGAUGAGAGGUGAAACUUAUGAGGUGUCCGUGAAGGAAGAAGAGGGUUGCAAGAAUUUAGACUUGCGGUUGGGUUUUGAUCUAUGUGCAGAGGAGCAGGAUUUCAUCUCUAAAAGAAAGAAGGUGGUUGCUGCUGCUCUGAAAAAUGUUCUUCACUUAGAUGAAGACCUGCAGGAGGAUGAGGUGCCGGUGGUGGCAGUCAUGACCACAGCAGGGGGAGUGCGGUCCAUGACGGCUAUGCUUGGCAGUCUCCUGGCUCUCCAGGACUUAGGUGUUUUGGACUGUGUCUCAUACAUCAGUGGUUUAUCUGCCACCACAUGGACCAUGGCUAAGUUGUAUGAAGAUGCAAAUUGGUCACAGAAGGAUCUCAGAGGGCCAAUUGGUGGUAUCAGGAACCAUGUGGUCAAGAGCAAGAUGCACUGUUUCUCACUGGAUCAUAUGAAAUACUAUGAAAAGGAGCUUUGUGAAAGAAAGCAAGAGGGGCACAAGCUAUCCUUUACAGAUUUAUGGGGACUCUUCAUUGAUUGUAUGCUACAUCAUCAGGGAAGUACUCAGAAACUCUCUGACCAGCAGCUGGCAGUAAAUCAGGGGCAGAAUCCACUGCCCAUAUACCUGUCCCUCAAUGUCAAGGAUGACUUUAGCACUCUGGAUUUUAAAGAGUGGGUGGAGUUCACACCUUACAAGGUGGGUUUCCUGAAAUAUGGGGCCUUUGUUCCUUCAGAGGAUUUUGGCAGUGAGUUCUUCAUGGGUCAUUUGAUGAAGAAGAUCCCAGAGUCCCGAAUCUGCUUCUUGGAAGGCACAUGGAGUAAUAUAUUUUCCCAGAAUUUUAUGGAUGCUGUCUACCUCUCUGGCCAUUCAGAGGACUUCUGGCACAGAUGGACCCGAGGCACUGAGUAUGACAUUGAGGAAGACCCUGCUCUGCCCAAGAAGCCUCAUGAACAGGCAACUUGCUUAUCCGUUCCCAAAGGCUGCCUUUCCAAUGCACUUCGAGAAAUGAUGACUGGACGGCCAGUGGUUUCCACUUACCAUAAUUUCCUCAAGGGCUUGCAGCUACAUGACAAAUAUUUAGACAAUGAGAGAUUUCACAUGUGGAAAGACACAGUGUUGGAUUCUUCUCCCAACCAGCUGAAUGAAAUGGAUGACUACCUCAAGCUGGUAGAUACAGCUUUCUUCAUCAACACCAGCUGCCCACCCAUUCUGAGGCCAGAGAGGAAAGUGGAUGUCAUUUUGCACUUAAAUUACAGUGGAGGAUCCCAGACUCUGCCACUGGACCUAUUCUCAGAGUACUGUUUGGAGCAUGGAAUCCCAUUCCCCAGCACCGAGCUGAGACAGGGAGAAUGCUAUGUGUUCGAGGACAGCUUAGAGGCACCAGUCUUGGCCUAUUUCCCACUGGUGUGUGAUACCUUCCAAAAAUACAAGGCACCGAAUGUGGAGCGCGGUCCCUCAGAGAUGGAGGAAGGAAGAGUAGAUGUCUCCAACUGUAUUGCUCCCUAUGCCACUGGUCUGCUGACAUACAGUGAAGAGAAUUUCAACAAGUUGCUGAACCUGUGCAGUUACAAUAUCCUGAAUAACAAACAUUUAAUUCUUCAGGCUUUGCGUACUGCAGUGGAACGGAAGAAGCGUUUAAAAAACUGUUCAUCACCUCAGUUGUCUAAACUCUCUUAA